UCCGUGUCUGGGCAAAGUCUUUUGCCAGACGGAACGGAUACGGUACCCGUAUGACGGCACCCGUACAACCGUACUAUACGGUGACGGUGCGAAGCCCUACACUAUACCCCCAUAUUUUCAUUUUUGAUGCAUCCACCCUUCAAAUAGAACCCAUAUACUCAAACAUGGCCUCGAGCAAAGGUGAUCGGAAUGUCGAGACUCGCCUUGGCAAAGGGGGUGAUACAAUUACUUUCGGUCUGUCUAGAGGUAUGGUGAAACCCCUCAUGUUCGGCCUACCGGCAGGGCAGAAUGUGGAUGUCACUUUCAUCAAGAUUUUCGUGACCACAGAAACAGUAGACUUCCGAUGCAUUUCACAAUCUGCCUUUGAAGAUGGUGUAGAACGGAUUGCGGUACGCGAUCGUCCUGCUGAUGCCAUUCCUGAAGUAUGGGCGUCCAUGACGAUCCCGGUGGUUGUGAAAUCGGCGAACUCCUCGAAAUGAUUACUCCGUAUCAUAAGCAUCCAGACCCAGGUUCCUCUAAUGACGUUCUGUACUGGAUUUGCGUGUCGUGAUGAACGUAGACUUCGAAAAUAUAGUACUCCAGAAAGGACUCCAGUAAGAGUAGCUACUGUAUGUCAAUCAUCUCACUAGAAGACGAUGUAUCGCUCAAACAACCCGUGCCAUAGUCUCUCAAUCAUUCCUCUGAGAUCUUUCAUGAAUUUAGUAAGGUCUAUCGGUCCCAUGAAUCGGAAUUGCGGCCUAUUUGCCGCAUUCGUCGGUAGAAGUUUGCUGCAGAGAUCGAUGCAAAAAGUUGGGUUCCGUAAGAUAUUAUGGGCCUGGGUUUGAAACCAUCCACAGUUCUACGAGUAUAAAUGCCAACGGGCUCGCUAUAUACUAGUUCUUCUCCUUAAAACGUCAAGUACUCGUGUACUCGCAGC